AUGGCGGGACGAACGUGGCGUGCCGCCGCCGCGCUGGCGCUGGCCGGCAGUCUGGUUCCGGCCACCGCGCAUGCCCAGCUUGUUCCGGACCUGCGGGGCGAAGUGGAAGAAAACGUUCUGGGCAUUCCGCGCAGCGGCGUCGUCGCGCCCUCGGAAGCGGGUCGAACCGAGCCGGCGCCUGCGGCGGUGCCACGCGCGCGCCCGCCGGCCGAUGAACCCGACGACGGACCGGCGGUCAUCACGUUCGACGAUACCGAUCCGCUCGAUGCAGCCGAGGAUGCCGACACCGAUUCCAUCGACGCGCUGAUCGCCGCUUCCGGGGCACCCGAUCCGGACGAUCCGGCCCGUUUCGGCCGCGUCGAGGCGACGGGUUCGGUCGGCCCGCUUGCGCGCGGCACCGGCUCGGCCGAUGAAAACCCGUUCGCGCCGCUGGGCCUGCGUCUCGGCACCUUCACCGUCUUCACCACGCUCGAUCUGGGCGUCAGCCACACGCGCUCGCAAAGCACGUUCGAGAACACGGGCACCACGCCGCUGACCUACGGCACCGCCGACAGCCAGGGCACGUUCGGGGAAGCGGCGCUGACCCUGCGCGGCACCUCGGACUGGAGCCGCCACGCGCUGGACUGGGGUUUUUCGGGCCGGCUGCCGGUGCGGCUUUCAGGCGAGGCGGAGACCGAGCCGACCGCGCAGGCCAAUGCGGCGCUCAGGGUCGAUAUCGACCGGGAGACCCAACUGAACCUUUCGGGCGCCUAUGCCUACCGCAAGGACGAUCCGGGCUCGGCGGCUGUCGCCAUCGCCACCGAUCCGCUGCUGUUUCCGGGGCUGGGCACGGUCAACGAUCCGGUGACGCAGACAUUGUCCGGCGCGGCCGGCCUGCAGCGGCAGGCCGGCCCGUUCAGCGCGCUCGCCGAGAUCAAUGGCGAGCGGCAGGUGCAUGGCGAUGCCACGCUGACCGACGGCAGGACCGUCUCGCAGGACGAUCUCGACUAUACGCGCUACGGCGCGCGACUGCGCGGCGGCUAUUCGAUCUCGCCGGUGCUGACGCCGUUCGCCGAGAUCGAAUACAGCCGGCGCGUCAUGGAUGUGCGGCCGGAUCCGGCGGGCAUCGACCGCAAUGCGGUCCGCUACGCGCUGCGCCUUGGCACGGCCUUCGACCGGGGCGAGAAGCUGUCCGGCGAAAUCGCCCUCGGCUAUGUGCAUGAGGACAUCGCCGAUGCAACGCUGGGCGACAUUGGCGGGCUUUCGGUGGCCGGUGCGCUGAACUGGUCGCCGCGCCGCGAAACCGAUGUCAGCGCCGGCCUCAGCACCUCGACGACCACCAGCGGUUCGGCGGGCGUCUCGGGCGCGCUUGUCUAUGCGGCCAAUCUUGGCAUUACGCACCGCGCGCGCGCCGAUCUCGAGCUCAAUGGCGGGCUCAAUGUCGAAUAUGACGAUGUCGUCGGCGCGGCAGAAGACGAGAUAACGGUCGGCGGCACGCUCGGUGCCACCUGGUGGUUCAACCGGUUUGCCGGUCUGACCGGCCGCGUUAGCCAUGAACGCACCUUCAGCGACGAUCCGGCCGAGGAAUCCAGCAGCACCAACGCAUUUGUGGGGGUCCGGCUGCAACGCUGA